UCCCACCUUCCCAUCGCCAAAAAGAACAAAAAGAAAUCCAAAAUUCGAAAAAAAAAUAAGAGAAGAAAUUGUUCCUCCUGUCCUCGAUCGCGAGUUCGCCACAAGUCCGACCACCGCGGCGAUGGAUUUCUCCGGCGGCGGCGGCGGCGCGACGCUGUCCGAGAUGUACCAGAGCGCGCGGCGGCUGCUGCUCUCGGCCAGGGACGGCGUGGCCCGCGUCGAGCGCCUGGCGUCGGCCCCCACCUCGUCCUCCUACCCCUCCGCGCCGCUCGUCGGGGGCGGCGGCGGGAUGGGGGAUUCGGCCGCUGCUGAGGAGGUGCGACGGGAGGUGGCCCAGAUCCAGGGCCUUUGCGCGCAGAUGGACCGGCUCUGGCGAUCCAUCCCCGCCAAGGGCCAGCGCGAUCUCUGGAAGAGAAAAGUGGAGCAGCUGUCUGAAGAGGUUGAUUCGCUGAAGGAAACCCUUGACAGGCACUCUUUGCGGCAAAAGAAGAGGGUUCUAGAAGCAAAAGAAAGGGCAGAGUUAUUUGAGAGAGCUAAUGGUGAGUCUUCCCAUGUCCUUAGGAUAUUUGACGAUGAAGCCCAGGCAAUGCAAUCAGCUCGUGCCUCCUCUCGAAUGCUUGAUGAAGCAUAUGAAACAGGCGUAGCUAUCCUUCACAAGUAUGCUGACCAGAGGGAUCGUCUAAAGAGUGCUCAAAGGAAAGCCUUGGACAUUCUGAAUACUGUUGGUCUAUCAAAUUCUGUUUUGAAGCUUAUUGAGAAGCGGCAUCGUGUGGACAAGUGGAUUGCAUAUGCCGGUAUGAUAAUCACAGUGGUGGUGAUGUUUGUGUUUUGGCGGUGGACGCAUUAGUGCUGCAGUGUCGGAAAAACAUUUGUGUUUGGGAGUUGAGACAGGCCCAUAGGCCCAUAAGGAUAGAUGAACAACUGAAUGGCAAGAGAAUGGUUCCCGCUGGCCCCAUUUCUUUACGAUCAACUCUGAUGGGUAACUACUAGUCUUACCAGAGCGUUUUCUAACUUUCCUAUGCGAAGGGACCAUAAUACUGUAGUUCAUUUUCUGGUUGAACGCAGGUUCACGGCAUGUCAGUAUGCCACUGUGUCUAAGCGGGUCAAAUUCUUUUUUUUUUCCUAUGCACAGCAAAGUAGUAUAUCACUACAAUUCUGUACAAGUGUGUACCCUAUGGUCUGUGCAUAUAUACACUCUACAUGUAUAUUGGUACUGCUAGAAUGUUUACUGUCUGCGGCUUCUAGUUCAUUCUGUACAAGCAUAUGCUUAAUGAUAUUCCUUUCCUUUUCCCUCUUUUAUGUACUACGGAGUAACUAAUACACAAAAAUGCAUAUUCCAUUCUCGUAGCAAGUCUUUUCUCU